CUUGGGCGCAGCCUAGGCUCAAGAAUCUGAAAUUAAAGUUGGCCCAAAUAUGGCAUUUGAGUAAUUCUGUGAUUCUGUGAUUCCUGUGUAUUCCUGUGUAUUCCUGUGUAUUCCUGUGUAUUUGGUUCAAUUUUGCAAGGCAAUAUGCACUACGUAGAACUGUAGAAGACUCAAAAGAGGCGGGGAGCAACUAAGCUCUAAGAGACGCAAUUCAUCAUAUCUCACAAGUUGGCCCUCUUACCGACGACGACCUGUGUGGAGUUUCACGCAUAGGCUGCAAAAACACACAGGACUACAUUGCCUUGUCUUUGAACUGAGAGGGCAGGCAGAAGGAAGAAAUGGCAGUUGGGGUGUUGGCCUUACAGGGGUCUUUUAACGAACACAUAUCAGCUCUGAGGAGGCUUGGAGUAAAGGGAGUAGAGAUAAGGAAGGCAGAGCAGCUGCAGAGCAUCUCCUCCCUCAUCAUCCCCGGCGGUGAAAGCACCACCAUGGCUAAAGUCGCAGAGUUUCACAACCUGUUUCCCGCAUUGCGUGAAUUUGUGAAAACGGGGAAGCCAGUUUGGGGAACUUGUGCAGGCCUAAUUUUCUUGGCAGAUAAAUUAAUCGGGCAGAAAUCCGGAGGGCAGGAACUGAUUGGUGGUCUUGAUUGCACUGUACAUCGCAACUUUUUUGGGAGCCAGUUGCAAAGCUUCGAGACAGAGCUUGCUAUUCCAAAGGUUGCAGCCAAUGAAGGUGGCCCCCCAACGUUUCGUGCUGUUUUCAUUCGUGCACCUGCAAUACUGCAAGUUGGUCCAGAUGUUGAAAUUCUGGCAGAUGUUCCAUUCCCAUCCACAAAAACUGUGGAUUCUCAAUCUUGUACUCAAGACCAACAACAGAUUAAACAGGAAUCUCUUACUCCUGAAGAGAGAGUGAUUGUUGCUGUAAAGCAAGGGAACAUGCUAGCUACCGCGUUUCACCCUGAACUAACUGCUGAUUCUCGGUGGCAUAGUUACUUCUUGAAAAUGGUGCCUGAAGAUGGAGAAGGAGCUUCAAGUAUCAUCUCAACUGUUGAUUUACGACCAAGAACUGAGCUUCCAGUAUUUCAAUAGGAUCAAAUAGUUAAAGCAUUGUUAUGAAAUUGUGACUUUUUGGGUGGUAGUAUUUAUGUGUUUUGCAUAUGCUCAGAUGAUUAUUGUAUCUUUGGGAAUCUCCUCAGUGUAACAUGUAUGUACUUAUCUUAAAAUUCUUAAAUUUAUUAAUUGCUGUGUUUUAAUAAAAAGGGGAAGCACCAAAAUCUAGCUGAUUACUUGAGUUCAACAAAUAUGAUUUUCACAAUUACGCAAGAGAGUCACACAAAAUAUUUGUUCCUUGACCAGUUUCAAAAUAUCAUUAU